AUGUGUUAUUGGGUGGCCGUACAAACGGCCGCGGGGGCGCAAAUCUUCCUGGUCGCCGGCAAAUGGCACCGCGGGGCGCCCCCGGUGUCACGCCGCGACGGUUACCCCAGGAGCACAAUGAGCACUGCCGCUGGGAAAUAUUGCGGCUUCGCUCGGGCAUUUCUUCCCUUCCAAUUUCCGGGAUGGCUGGCCACGGAUAAACCUCUGCGGAGGAGCGCCCGUCUUGUGCACGGAUUCGAGCCGACACAAGUUGCCGCCUGUUACUCGCUCCAUGAAUCCGAGUUGUCGCCCGCCCAUUAUCACAGUGCUCACCUUAACUCGGGGCCCUUUGUAAAGAAUACGGCGCGGAAAAAAUUGAGCCCGAAACGAAAUGAGAGCCAUCAAACGCUUAGCCAGAUCAAAGUGAAUUGGGCUUUUACCGGAGGGUGGGGACUGGCGAUGAAUAUGGCUAAAUUUAAUCGGGACAAGCGAUUAUCCAGAGCUCUGACCACUUUAAAGAUUGGGCGCAGCGUGGCCAAUGGACGCGCGGCCAGUUCAAAAGCGGCGGUUUACGAGCGGCGGGCGGCGUCUUUUUGCCGUUUUGGCGCCAAAAUUGACAUGUUUAGAUCGUCGCGCGACUCCAGGUCGCCGUACCGAGCUACUAGGUUAUACUCAAGCGCUCAAAUUAUUGCUACACCCGAGGAAAUAUCGCCCACUGCUCGCGUCUUCUUCUCUAUUGAACUUAGAGUAUUGAUGGCUAUUGUAUGGGCAUGGCUUCUUCAUCUACUC